CACCCUUCACACACAGAACAGGGGAGGUGAGUCUGCAUCAAGUACUGCCUUUCCAGCAUCUGGGAAACUGAACGUUGCAAAUCCAUUUGCUUUUCUGCAUUCCCUGCAUAAAUUUCAAAGGACUGUAACUUGGUGGCUGCAUGCAAGUCAGGCGAAAACUAAGAAUCCUCAACCUAAACAAACAGCGGGGGCUGGCAUUUCAUUAUAUUUCUCGCGUGUCUCUGGGAGAAGGAUCCCAAUCAUGGUAUCUCCAAGGCUGUUGACAUUGCUGCUUCUAACUCAAGUGUUUGGACAAGCCCAACGCAUGACUCAAGAUGCAUUACUGAUGCAGUAUAUCGAGAGGCGCAUCAUACUCCUUGAGGAAAGGCUAGAGAAAUGCAACCAAGACAUGAACAAGAAUGUCAGGGAGUUCAGAGACUUCCGGAAAGAAAUCAUGUUCCGUUUGGAUGGACUGAGCAUUUACAAAACCGAGUUCAAGAAUGAGAUGGAGGUUAUGGGGUCCAGGAUCGGGAGGAUGGAGAAGGACAUUGACUACCUGGAGGCUCAGCAGCCCACACAACCGUGCGUGGAGAUCGACGACAAGCUGGCUGAAGCGGAAAUCCAACAGGAACAGAAGAGGAGAGCUAAGUUCCGCACGACUUCAGAUUGCGACAACAUGCUCACCAGCUUCAAGUCUCUGAAGAUCGUGAAGAAGGCGGGCAAGGCCCAGGGCUCCUGGAUAAAGGACCCGGUGCGGGACUUCCACAAGAUCUAUUUCUUCAGCGGGACGAGCGGCAAAUCGUUCGUGGAGUUCGUUGGCAUCAGGGCCUUCAUGGACAGCACGGGGAGGCAGGCGCCCAAGAGGGUGACGCUGCCGCUGGCGUGGCAAGGGACGGGCCACGUGGUCCACAAUGGCUUCCUCUACUUCCACUCCAAUGGCACGCUCAACCAGAUCAUCAAGUACGACAUACGGAACGGGACGGUGAGCGACCGCAUGCUGCUAAAUGGGGCCGGGCGGAUCCCCGCCUACCAGCUCACGCCCGGCACCUUCAUCGACCUGGCGCUGGACGAGCAGGGCCUCUGGGCCAUCCACGCCGAGCCGGAGAACAGCGGCGACGGCACCAUCGUGCUCACCAAGUUGGACCAGGGCAACCUGGCGGUGGAGCACACCUGGGACACCUCCUGCACCAGCAAGGGGGCCGAGGCAGCCUUCAUGCUCUGCGGGACCCUCUACGUGGUCUACAACACCCACUUCGGCAGCCGCUCCCACGUCCAGUGCAUCUACGACGUUGUUGAUACGGUGACCAGCGCCGACCUCCCCGCCCUGUACUUCCCCAAGCGUUACGGCAAGCACUCCAUGAUCCACUACAACCCUCGGGAGCGGCAACUCUAUGCCUGGGAUGAUGGCUACCAGACCAUCUACAAGCUCAACACCAAGAAGAAACUUCAGGAACCUCCCAGUUUCAAAUAGCUUCCAUCAUAUUUUUAUAAGCGCUUAUGUGAAGUGGCCCAAAAUUAGUGACCAAUGCUAAACAUGCUUCUGACAAUCACUUUUGUCUAGCUUCCCAAACCUGCAAUCCCAACCAAAUUGUUCUUUGGUUAAUAGCCUUAUAUCUCUAAAUAUACAGAGCACAAGGCAGGAGUGCGAUACAAUACUCUCCCCUGCAUUGAGUGCAGCACCCAACAACUCUUGUGAGUAUGAAGAAGGGACAUGACCCAGAAUGUCAUCUAUCCAUGUCCUGAGAUGCUGCCUGACCCACUGAGUUACUCCAGUACUUUGCAUUUAACCCUCGAGAAGCUUGACACCAUCAAAGCUCCAACCACAGCUCCCUCCAUCCCUGGUUCAUGGUGUUUGCUCACCCAGACCACUCCAAAAGCACGUCCCAAAGCCAUGAGAUCUACCAGCAUGAAGGACAAACGCAACAGGCACAUGAGAGUACCAUCGCCUGUAGGAUCACCUGCCAGUCACACGCCAUCCUGACCUGGAAAUGUAACGCCAUUUCUUCAACCUCACUGGGUCUAGAUCAUGGAACUCCCUCCCUGGCAGUUGGUCUACACUGUGUCCGGCACAGUGGCACAGCUGGUAGAGCCACUGCUUCACAGAACCAGAGACCAGGGUUCGAUCCUGACCUCCGGCUAUUUUCUGAGUGGAGUUUGAAGGUUCAAAGGUUAUUUUAUUGGUCACAUA